AUGGAGGCAAGUGAUUGUAAUCUAUUCCAAUGUCAUGCACAAGUUAUAGCCAAGAUGAAAACAAAAGUAGGAAAACCCCCAACAAGACUACAAAAGAAAGCUCCAUCAUCUCUUCAGGUUAAUUAUAGCACAAUUUACCCUCGUAUGCCCUCUACUUCUUCUCCUCAUACUCCAAUCCCUCUUCUAUCACCACUCAUUGUAUCUCCACCACCAUUGUCACAAGAGGCAGAAGAAUUCAGGUUCCCUCUAAUAUGUGGUGAAAUUGACAAAGGCAGCAAUGACAAGAGAAUUGUAUCCCCAAUUCUUCCAGGAGGGUGGCAGCAUCCAGCUGUGGCUAAUGGAUACAUGGAGCCUUCAUCUUUGUUUAACAUUUUUCAAUCUAAGUGUGUGCUUGUAAAUCAUGCAAAGUGA